UGCGGAAUACACAUCGGCUACAGCUUAGGGUAAAAUAAUUCCAACUUGAAUGAAAAGUUGUUGUGUCUACUUUUUGAGCUAUAACGGUGAAGUGGCAUGAAAAUUGCAACUAACAACGUGUAAGCAAGUGAAAGUGAGUUGCAUUUUCUUAGUCCGGAAGUGCUAUUACAUGUACAGUGGCGCCACCCAACCAAGAGAAAAAUCUAUCAUAUAUGGAAUUGAAUUGUUGUUGUUAAUACGCAAUGUUUUAUACUGUUAUAUUUUUUACGGUAUUAGUUUUGCUCUUUCUCUUUUGGGAUGUAAAAAAGCCUCCGAAAUUUCCACCUGGACCAAAAUGGUAUCCAAUUGUCGGAUGUGCCUUACAAAUCUCCGAAUUGCGUUUGAAGUGCGGCAUGUUUUGCAAAGCAGUCGAUGAAUUGGCCAAGUACUACGUCAAUCCCUACGGUUUAUAUGGACUUAAGAUCGGCAAAGAUAAGGUUGUCAUUGCGUACUAUAGCGACACCAUAAGCGAAAUGAUGACUAACGAGGACCUGGAUGGCAAGCCAGAUGGUAUAUUUUAUCGCAUGCGAACAUUCAAUUCGAAGAAAGGCAUUUUAGUCACCGACGAAGAUUUGUGGGUGGAUCAACGUCGUUUCAUAUUGCGGCACCUAAAGGAUUUCGGGUUUUCCCGCACAGGUAUGGUGAAUAUUAUUCAACAUGAAGCCUACUUCUUAUUGGAAGACUUAAAAGAAGUUGUCAGCGAUCAAGGUGGAAAACAUGCGGAAGUUUCCAUGCACGAUUUGUUUAAGGUGAAUGUGUUGAACACGCUAUGGUCCAUGAUGGCUAGCAAACGUUACGAUCGCAAAAGCGAAGAGAUAACCGAUCUGCUAAACAUGUUUUUUGAACUUUUUCAAAAUGUUGACAUGGUAGGUGCGCUUUUCAGCCACUUUCCUCUUAUACGAUUUAUUGCGCCAAACUAUUCCGGUUACAAUGCAUUCGUUGAAAACCAUCAACGAAUCUAUGCAUUUUUACGCAAAGAAGUCGACAACCAUCGCCUGACAUACAAGAACUACGACAUGCCACGUGAUCUAAUGGACAGUUAUUUGCGUGAAUUGGACAAUCCCCAACGCGGUGAGUUUUUCAGUGAAGAGCAAUUAUUGGCCGUGUGCCUGGAUAUGUUCUUAGCUGGAUCGGAAACCACCAAUAAGAGCUUGGGUUUUGCAUUGCUGCAUAUGGUACGUAAUCCCGAAAUACAGGAAAGGGCUUACAACGAAAUAAAGGAAGUGAUUGGCAUCGACAGUUUGCCGGAAUGGAGUGAUCGCACUAAGUUACCAUACUGCGAAGCCAUUGUCCUGGAGGCUGUGCGCAUGUUCAUGGGUAAUACUUUUGGUAUACCCCACCGCGCUUUACGUGACACACGACUGAGCGGCUUUGCUAUACCUAAAGAUACCAUGGUGAUCGCUUGUUUUCGCGGCAUGCUUAUGAAUUCACAUGAUUUCCCUAAUCCGAGCAAAUUUGAUCCAGAACGUUAUUUAAAGGAUGGGAAGUUGAAAAUCCCAGAGGCUUACAACCCUUUUGGUUUCGGCAGACAUCGUUGCAUGGGUGAUAUAUUGGGACGUCAAAAUCUCUUUAUGUUCAUAACGACAGUAUUGCAGCAUUUUCACUUUGUGCCAAUUCCGGGUGAAAUGCCUGAUGAUGAACCCUUGGAUGGAGCAACAGCAGCAGUAAAACCGUUCAGAGCUUAUAUUGUGCCUAGGCGUACGGAAACCAAAAUUUAA